GAAGCAGAAGAAGAAGAAGAAGAAGACCUCUUGCAGGCUGCUGUGGUUUGCCCCAAGCUAAGCCAGCCACCCCGUAACACUACUGAGAGGUCGGUGGUAGCUAGUUAACAUAAACAGCCAGUCUUUAUAUAGGAGAGGUAGCGUAUGACAUUUAAUGUGGAUGGCUGUAGUCAUUGGCUAACUUGCUGUAGACAACACAUCUGGGAGAAACCUUGAAGCUGCCUCUCCCAGUGUCUCGUUCUCCCUCUAAUCGUCAAGAUGUCAGCUUUCUCUGAGGCGGCUUUAGAAAAGAAACUAUCCGAGCUUAGCAACUCGCAGCAAAGUGUGCAGACGUUGUCGUUGUGGCUCAUUCAUCAUAGAAAACACUCGAGGACCAUUGUCAGUGUUUGGCUCAACGAACUGAAAAAAGCUCAGGUAUCACGCAAGCUGACCUUCCUUUACCUGGCCAACGACGUCAUUCAGAACAGCAAGAAGAAAGGACCAGAAUUCACCCAGGACUUUGCACCAAUCAUCGUUGAUGCUUUCAAACAUGUAUACAGAGAUGGCGAGGAGGGCUGUAAGAAACAGUUGGGUCGGGUUUUGUCCAUCUGGCAGGAGAGAGCUGUGUACGAGAAUAAUCUGCUGGAUCAGCUCUCAAAAGUCCUGUAUGGAGAAAAGAAGGCUAAGAAAAGGCCUUAUGAGGAGAUCCAACCAGAUGAUGAGGACUUCGCUUCCCAGAGCUCCCCAGCUGAGCCCCCACAGACAGCAGAGUUAAUCCGAGCUCUGCAAGAGCUGGAAAAUGCAGCUUCUGGCGACUCAGUGCUGCGUCAGCGCAUCUCCUCCCUUCCUGCUGAGGUCCAAGACACGUCACUGCUUCACAGGAUCACAGAUAAGGAAUCGGGGGAGCGGCUUUCCCGGCUGGUGGAGGAGGCGUGCAUGUUGCUAGCAGACUACAGUGGCCGCUUGGCGGCAGAGAUUGACGAUAGGAGGCAGCUCACGCGCACACUAACAGUCUUCCUGCAAAGCCAGAAGGACGGCCUGGCCCAGAACGAGCAGAAACUCGAAGAAUACAAACGCAAACUGGCAAGGGUGACCCAGGUCCGGAAGGAGCUGCGUUCUCGUCUGAACAAUCUUCCAGGAGGACUCUACAACUCCUCAAACUGACUGAAGUUUUACCUCCUGAUCAGAUACCUGACCUGACUACUGAAAGAUCUCAACAUUUUGGAAAGUGUCUGUGUCUCCCUGUGUGGUGACCUGUGGUUCUCAUUCUGUCUUCUACAGAUUAUUUAUCCACAUGGCUUUUUAUUAACAGGAAUGUCUUUUUUUCUGUCUGUGAGCUCAUCUCUUUGUGUUGUAUGUUAUCAGUGCAUUGUAAAUUAAGAUUUAUAAUCAUCAGACACAGGCCUCUCACGCUUUGGCCCAUCUCAUGUUUACUGCUUUAAAGUGGUAUGGGUGAUGCUGGUGUGAUAUUUUUGUAUUUAUAGCGACUUAAGAUAAUGCACCAGAGUAUAUCCCCUUAGUGUGAUCAUUCCCAAUAAUUUUCAGUGUUUUGGAUUGAUGUCAUAACUUUCUUUUACUAUUUCUGUAAAUGCAUCUGUUUAACUCUUGGUUAUAGAUUUGCAUUGCAGCAGUUGUUCAAGCUGGAUCAUUGUUUUUAUGCAGUGUGAUAAUGGCCUCUGAAGAGAAAGGUAUACUUGUGACACUAUUAGGAAACCAUAUCUGAAGCUGAGUAGUAAGCCAUGUCCCUGAAAGUAAAUCAAUAUAUGUAUGUGAGAGGGGUGUGUAAAUCAAUGGUCAGUGUACAUUUUCAAAUUUGCAUGUAAAUAUGAUUGGAGUUGUACCUGUAAGUGCUUAUGAUUUGUAUCCAUGUCAACAUGACUUGCAACAUGGUCAUUCAGACAAAUAACUGAGGUAUCUCUGUACAUUGAUAUCUUCAUAGUGGCUCAGACCUCCACUGUACUGAAAUAAGGAGUGAAGGAGUCUGUUGUCUUGUUUACUGUAUCAUACUGCUUCAUAGAUUUAUCCUUAAGUCUACUGAAUGCUGUGCAGAUGCCUCACACAGCUUGAUAGGUUUCCAGACUUAAGCUGUUUGUUUUCGUACAUAUGAAGCAAAUUCUUCUUAGAACCAAAUAAACAGAAAAUGUACAAAU